AUGGAAGGCGGAAGUGGGCUGUCCGAGGCUGCAGUCAUGGCGCAGGAAGAGGAAGACAUCCGGGACUACAAUUUGAAUGAGAAGCAGAAGGCGACCAAGGCCAAGUACCCUCCAGUCAGUCGGAAGUACGAGUAUUUGGACCAUACAGCGGAUGUCCAGUUACAUGCGUGGGGAGAUACUCUGGAGGAAGCUUUCGAGCAGUGUGCCAUGGCCAUGUUUGGUUACAUGACAGAUAUCGACACAGUGGAGCCUCUUCAAGCAAUAGAAGUAGAAACACAAGGAGAUGAUUUACAGUCUCUUCUGUUUCAUUUUUUGGAUGAGUGGCUUUAUAAGUUCAGUGCUGAUGAAUUCUUCAUACCCCGGGAAGUGAAAGUACUUAGUCUUGAUCAAGUAAAUUUCAAAUUACGGUCAAUUGGGUGGGGAGAAGAAUUCUCAUUGUCCAAGCAUCCUCAGGGAACUGAAGUCAAGGCAAUAACGUAUUCAGCCAUGCAGGUCUAUACUGAAGAGAAGCCAGAAGUGUUUGUGAUCAUUGACAUUUAA